AUGCCAACGUUGACUUCGAUGUUGCCCGCUGCUGGCUUGUUCUUACCGGAAACACUGCAUCGGGCUGACCUCCCCACGCAAGCGCCUACGGAGACCGAAGGAACGAAGCUGAAGUACUUCCAACGCAAGAUCGGGCGGCCGAAGCAGGAGCCUAGGAACUCUGAGGACCGGCGGCCGUCAACUGCUAUUCCGAGGGAAACACCCGAUGACAUCUUAUGCGACUUUCCAGCGAUACCGACUACCUACUACUUUGCGGACUAUGUCCUCACCACCGAGAAGGCUUCUGCGGAUACCAUCGCUUUCGUAAGCAUCAUCCAACAAGUGCGACAAGACAUCGAUGAGGCGACGCGCCUUUUCAUCUCAUCUGCGGUUUCGAAUUUCCUGGAUGCUUACCCAAAUAAGCGGAGAUGGAUCGAGACUUCUUUGCUCGAGGUGCGGCGUGCUCUUAACGAAAUCGGCAUGGAUAUGGACAAAGCCUGGGGCCACGAUGGAGAUGGUGGCACAGCUGCAUCGAAGCUCAAGCUUGAGUGGGGUCUAAGAAACCAGAAGAAACUUCUGAAAAAGAAGCAGCUAUUAGAUCAGUGCCACGCUCAGUUGACCGGUGCUAUCUACGUCAUGCAAACGGCAGAACUCUGUGGGAAGCCUGGUGCUAUCGCAGAAACACCCAUUUUCGAGGCUCCGGUACGACCUUGGGUACCUCAUGAUGAGAAAGACGCGCUACGUGGGCCUUAUUCAAGGCAGAAAUACCGAACGAAUCAGGCGAAUGUCUCCGCAUCAAAUAUUACACUGGCGUCUGAAGCUGAAAAAGACGACGUCGAAACCGGUAGUAUCAAUUCGGUGCCUGUAGAGCUGGCUGGUAGUACGCCGGCUGACUUGGACAUCGAGGAGAGGCAAAACUCACAGAGCUUCCUGAGCCCUCAGGUGUCCCGCGAAUUCAGUACUGAAAGCUCGACACUGUCCAGACGACCACGAGCACGCUCAGACUACUCCCGACAAUCCGUCGUUCGGGAACCAAGACCUCGCGCCUCCAUCGAUGUCGUUCCUUCCUCCUCGAAUAAUGGCGAUGCAACAAUCGAGCGCACCGACUCCACUCUGUCCACACAAGCUACGCCGUCGCCCCGCCAUCGUCCUACAAGUAGCGAAGGACUUGCGCAACCACAACAUGAGAAGGGGGAUGCGGAUACGCCGUCGAUGAAUGAGGGCGACUCGAGCCUGCGACGAAAUAGCUUUGCCUCUGUGGAGCGCACAUCGUCGCCUAUGUCUCACUAUGCAACAUCUAUACACACUUUGCGAUCGCCCAGUGCUCUUGUCAAUGUUACCACUUUCACCGACGACGAGCCAGUUCGUCGCCCAAGUAGCCAGCGGCCGUCACAGCGCAUGUCGAAAAGGCUGUCACAAACGUCAAGUAGCAGAUCCUUUAACGCUACACCUUCACCCACAAUUACCACAGUCGCUGAAACUACAACAACACCUGGUACGGAAGAGGAGGCGACUACCCUUCCGAUAACUGCACCGUCUUAUCCACCACCACCGCCGCCCCAGAUCAUCGCCCCGGCAAGUUCGCAACCCAUAAUUGCCAGCCCUACAGAGACGCCAGAAGAGCUAGACGAUGACGACGUCGUACUCUCCGUCCUUCAGCAACGCCUUGCCAGCGCGACAGAGACGCCAACGGAGCUAGACGAUGACGACGUCGUCCUCUCCGUCCUUCAGCAACGACUUCGUAGCCACAAAGUCAUCAAGACGAUGGCUGAAGACUUAGUGCGACAGGCUUCCACUACAGAAGCGGCGCAACCGAUAACGGAUACGCAACAAGCCAUACUUUCACCACCCGUAUUGCACGAGCAACCAACUCCCACACCGAAACAAGAGUUGCGCGUGGAGGUACCACCCACUACCUCAUCAGUUCCAGUUCAGAUAGAGAUACCUCCUCCCGUUCCGUCUGUUCCAGUACAGGUAGAGAGUCUCCCAGCGCCUUCCAACGAAAGUCAGAACGGAGAUGUGUCGAAGAAGCCCAUGUCAGCGCAGGCUAAGCGAAGAGCUGCGCACGCACGAAGAAUGCAACUAGCUUUUGGUGACGAUACGGCGGCUUGA